AUGAUCUUGAACUUGUACAGUUAUGAGAGGUCUACGUUAGUCCGAGUCUCCUUUACCGCGUGUGUUUUGGGAACCCUCUGCUUGCCACUGACGGGCCUCUUGGUCUGCAUAGUCAUCUCCUCUCUCUACCAUUACGAGGACUCUACAAGAACACACUGCCAGGUUGAAAACUACCUGCCGUCCAUCAGCGCCUCCAUCAGCCUGAGCCCCGAGUGCCACAUCUGGCGCCUCUGCAUUGGCCUGCACUCUGCACCCAGGUUUAUUUUGGCAUUCGCCUAUUUCAAGUUCUACAAAGUCUGCUUUGCCACUCGGGUGCCCGAAACCACUUUGGCCUACCUCAACUUGGGCUUCUCCGUCUCUGAAAACCUCGGCCUGCUGAUGCUCACCUAUGUGUCGUCGGCUGACAUCUACUCUGUCCACGAGGAGGGGUUCAUCCUCUUCAGUCUGAGCUCGUUUGUCUACAUGGUGAUAACGUGUCAUUUGUGGAAGGUCAUCAAGAGGUACUCGGAUGCCAAAUCCCAUGUCUGGAAAGUACGUCUGUUCCUCCUCAACUUGUGCUUCAGUGCUUUUGCCGGAUUAUUUUAUGUCCAACAUAACUUGUAUUGUGAAGCGGGGAGUUACACAUUGUUUGCCCUGUUUGAGUACCUCAUUGUCUUCUCCAUCAUGGGCUUCCACUUCACAGCAGUGUGGGACUUCCGGAGCCGUGACUUAAUCAUUGCCUGCCUGUAA